GUGUCUGUGUGUGAGCGAGCCCGAGUGGUGCGUCGGUGUGUGUGCGAUAGGUGCCCGCGUUGGUGGUGGUUAGCAUGCAAAUCAACGGUCUAGCUGCCGGACCCACGAUGGCAGCCUCCGAGCCACCAGAGCCGCCGCCGCGCAAUCCGGACCGCAUAAAUGCCUCGCUGCACAAGCUGGGUGAAUCCAAAGUCGCCAAAUCCCUGGACGCUUCGGUGACGACGGGUGUGAGGGAGAAAUCCGCCUUCGUGAACAAUAACAAGCCCAUUAGACCGCUGUUAUCGCUGGACAGCUCGGUGACGGCUUCGACAUCCUCGGGGGCAGUAGGAGCAACAGGAUCCGGGGGCGGCGGAGCCCCAGCCAAGCCAUCACCUUUGGUCCUGGCCUCCAAGCGAGACCUCACGCCAAGCAACGACAGCAGCUCAUCGCCGUCCAGUUCGAAUGGCAGCAACCAGACGCUCACCCCACCCAUGACCGCUGAUAAUCAGCCGCUCCAGCAGCAGUUACAGCACCACCAGCACCGGAGUCCUGCGUAUCCUGGCAAGGCAGACGUGGCAGCAGCAGCAGUAGGAGUGCCCCAACAGCAACAGCAGCAAUUGCCGAAUGGCAACGGCAGCAGCCACUGCAACAGCAACAGCAGCACAGCCAUGAUCCAUGCGAAUAACUCGAAUUUAAUUGCCGCAGGUCACUUGGCGCAGGCAGCUGGCCCCGCCCACAACGCCCCCUCCAGCGGCAGUGCACUCAAUGCCGUCGACAAGCGAAAUGCCAACCUAUCGGAAACGGAUCAGGAGGCGCCCUCAAAACUGAAUGUAAAUCCGAAUCUGACCCUGGGAGCCCCGCACUCCCCCACAUCCGCCGCCUCGGCGGCCUUGCUCCUCCUCGAGCUGCCAUCGAGCUGCGAUGGAAAUCGCAACGACGAGUCAAGGUUCCACCACCUGCAUUCCGCUCCCCCAGAAGCUGCCAUGAAGCUGCGCGAUGAGAACGAUCGCCUGAAUGCCGAACUGCUGCGAUUGAGGCGACUGCUCGAGCUCUCGACCGAUGGAGCAGUGGGCGGGGUGGACACCAGUGCCGAACUGGAGGCGGCGGCAGCCUCAGGAUCCGCCGAAGGAUCUGCUGCCAGGGAGCGCAUCGAACGCCUGGAAUCGGAGCUCAGGUCGGUGAAGAACCAGCUGCUGACCAUGCGGCUGGAGCGGAAGAAGCUGCGAACGGACAAGUCCGAUCUGCUGGGCCAGGUGAAACAGCUGUGUGCCUCGCUGCAGGAGAAGGAGCAGGAGCUGCGCGACUUCAUCCGGAACUAUCAGGAGCGGGUGCGGGAGACGGAGACGACGAAUGCCAAGAUCUCCGGGGAUCGGGAUCGCGAGCGCUUCCAGCUGCUCAAGCAGGCCCGCGACGAGGCGGAGCGUUCGCUGGCCCUGGCCCAGCAGCUCUCGGCCCGGGAUCUGCAGCUCCAGAGGCUGCAGGAGCAGCUGCAGGAGGCCCGCCGCCAGCUGACCGGCUGUCUGUCGGACCAGGAGAGCCUCCACUCCUUUGCCCCACUCACCCCGCCGUCGGCCGCCUCGGGAAUGCUCAGCCAGAUGGCCGCCGCCUCGGGAAUGGGCGGUGGCCUGGCCGGAAUGCGGGGCACUGGCGCUGGCGAGGACAGUGGGCGUGGCAACUCGCUGUCCGCUUUCAGCGGCAGCUUGAGCGGCGGAUCCGGGGCCACGGCGGGCGAUCGCAACUCCUGCUCGAAUGACUCUGGUUUGAGGAACAGCAGCGAUCGGGAGAGCACCGGCGGGGAGCUGAACUUCAGCGAUGGCACCUGUGACAACGGACCCUGCAUCACCGUCGAUCCGGACAGCAUCUCGCUCGUGUCCAGCCAGAAUAUGUACCAAUUUGGCACGCCCAAGGAACGCAGCCCCACAUUGUCGCCCCUCAAUUCGGCUGCCUACUCAAGAUCCGUGGAGCAGUUGGGCUCACCUGUGGACCCCGAGGGACCAGGAGGCGGCGCCAUCAGUCGAAAGUUCGCCAAUGCCAGCAAAAGUGGGCCGCUGGGCGCACGAAAUGGGCGUGGCGGAACUUGGGGAAGUAUAUCACGGGUGUUUGCCCGCUCGCGGAAUAAAAGCAAGGCCCUGUCCGCCGAUGGAGUGACUGAAUAUGCCGACUACUCGUGGAAUCCGCUGACCGAGGAGGGCUACGCCGAGAAGCUGCGCCUGCUGCGGGAGGCCUCCCAGCUGCCCAUCGACCGCUGGCGGGCCACCCAGGUGCUCGCCUGGCUGGAGGUGGCCCUGGGAAUGCCCCAGUACAGCGCCCGGUGUGCCGAGAACGUUAAGAGUGGCAAGGUGCUGCUGGAGCUAAACGACGUGGAGCUUGAGGCGGGCCUGGGCCUCGCCCAUCCGAUGCACCGCAAGAAGCUGCGACUGGCCAUCGAGGAGCAGCGGCGGCCGGAGAUGGUGCGCUACCCGCUCAUCACGCAGCUGGGCCACACCUGGGUGGCCACCGAGUGGCUGCCGGACAUCGGACUGCCCCAGUACGCGGAGCCCUUCGUGCAGUCCCUCGUCGACGCCCGCAUGCUGGACACGCUCUCCAAGAAGGAGCUCGAGAAGUUCCUGGGCGUCACGCGGAAGUUCCACCAGGCCAGCAUUGUUCACGGCAUCCACGUGUUGCGCAUCGUGAAGUACGACCGACAGACGCUGGCCAUGAGACGGGUGCAAUCGGAGACGGUGGACACGGACCCCAUUGUGUGGACGAACCAGCGCUUCAUUCGCUGGGUGCGCUCCAUCGACCUGGGCGAGUACGCCGACAAUCUGAAGGAUAGCGGCGUGCACGGCGGCCUUGUGGUCCUGGAACCGUCCUUCUCUGGCGACACCAUGGCCACCGCCCUGGGCAUUCCCCCGAAGAACAUAAUACGGCGACAUCUCAACACGGAAUUCGAUGCCCUCAUUUUGCCCGCACGAGCGACUCUGGGUCAGGGCAUCCGUUCCGGUUGCGGCGUAGUGCCACUAACGGGACCCGGCGGACUGCAGCACUAUGCCACAACAGAUCGCCGCUCGAGCGGCAACCUCAGGAUUUCGGCAUGGAAAGGAUCUCAGAGCUCCCUUUCUAAAGCCUUUCGGUUCAACAGCAAACCCCAUCGCACCGGCGACCGCAGUUCCUUCGGGAACUCCACCUCCCCAACGCCUUCGUACAGCAGCAGCGAGGGUGGCGGAGGAAUAUACGCAACCAUAGGCCACCAGUAUCCCAAUCCGCACACGAAUCCCCAGCAGCAGCACUACCACCACUUCCUGCCGCCUCCGACGACGGCUCCGCCGCCGAUUCCCUCGGCUGGCGGCAUCUACAGUCACGGUCCGCCGCCCGGCCAUCGAGUGAGUGCUCCGCCCGUGGGUGGUGGAGCUCUGGAUGCCGGACUGACGGACCCCCAGAUGCUGUACGAGCAGAGUCGCCGGCGCGUGAAGAGCAUCAGCGAUAUUGGGGCCUCGACGAGUGCGGGCAGCGUGGGAGCCUGCAGCCUGGGGGGCAUCUCGGCCUCCUCGGAGUCCCCCGAAUAAGAGUGAAAAAGCUAGCUAGAUAGGAUACAUGUUAACUACCACUACCAAAGAUACUCAGCUGUAAUCCCGCAUGAAAAUCAAAGACCAUCCUCUCCCCCCCCCCCUCAGAGUCCAAUCAAUUAACCUUCCCAGCUGCAUUUGAGCUUAGGCCCUGUGAGCAAACUCAAUUAUAUUCAAGUCAGUGUCAGACCCACCUACAAGAUACAAGCAUUCAGCAGAUACAGAUACAUAUGCGUCAAGAAAUACAAAGUAAGCGAGUAAUCAUUUGAUCAAAUCAGAUAGAACUACGAACUAUAUGCUAAACGUAAUUAACGACAUAAAUAUUGUGUAGACUAGGCUCUAUCCGCAGGCAAAAAAAAAAAAAAGAAAAGAAUGAACGAUAAAAACACUCCACCCCGAACUCAAACUGGAAUAGUUUAAUCAGUCGCGUAUAUGUAAUUCUAAUUGUAAUUGUAACGUGUAAAGUUAGUUCUAAACCGAGUUAAUAUUGAGAGGCACGUCGAGUCGAAAGAUACUAUACUCACAGAAUUAUAAGCCGAUGCAGACACUGGAGGUGCGAUUGCAAUUUAGAUAAAUUGAAAUUAUUUUGUAACCGAAACUAUCGUAGCUAAGCAAAUGGAAACGGAAAACUAUUGAAUUAAAUUUGAUAAGCCGCGAAACGGCGGCACUUUGUAAAUUACGGUAAGCCCUAAGUAACGUUCAAUAUCGCAUGGUAAUGGUAAAAAAAGAAAACAGAAACAGAAUCAAAUAUAUGGUAAUUACAAACGCACUCCCCGAAAACCCUCGCACAACCAAAGAAUGUCAGUCAGCCCGCUUUAUCCGCCAAUCUAUCAGUAUCGAAGAAUCCCCGAAAGCGUCAGGGUAUUAUUAAGCUGACCAAUUUAACUCUAGACCUAUGACGAACAAAAACUAUCGAAUAAACCAAUGAUCAAAACUCUGUUGUAA